AUGAAAUUCUUCAACAUCUCCAUAAUUGAACCGACAGUUUACGACUUCUUCAAGAAAGCGAUCGCGGAAAUUAUGAAACAGAGAAAAGAGGAUAAGAGUGGAAAACAUCACGACUUUCUGCAGCUUAUGAUUAAUGCACAGAAAAAAGUGGUCGACGUGGAGGAGACGGACGACAAAUUAAUGGAUCGGCUCCGUGUGCUGUAUAACCGGUGCUCAAAACAGAAGAAAAACCGGCCAAUACUCUGUUGCCCUAACCUGUUGUCUCAUUUGUGCUAUUUGUUGGCAAUUAAUCCGGAUUCACAACAAAAACUAUUGGAUGAGGUGUUGGCAAAGAGUGAUUCCAAGGGAGACAUUGAUUACGAGACGAUAAUCCGAUUGCCAUAUCUGGACGCCUGUAUCAGCGAAACACUCCGUCUGUAUAACCCGGCGCCACAGACCAGUCGUGUGGCCGCAAAGGACUACCAAUUAGGCGAUACCGGAAUAACUGUAAAAAAGGGCAUUCAUAUCAUGAUCCCGAUUCACGCCAUUCAUCACAACCCCGACUAUUAUCCGGAUCCUCAUAGUUUCAAACCCGAGAGAUUUUUGCCGGAAAACCGCGAUAAACUGGUCCCCUAUACAUACCUGCCAUUCGGCGCCGGACCCCGAAAUUGUGUGGGAAUGAGAUUCGCCUUAAUGGAGGCCAAGACAGUGAUGGCUCGGGUUAUCACCAAAUAUGAGUUCAUCCGCACGAAGACCACUAAAGUGCCGCUUCAGAUGAAAAAGGGAAAGAUUUUUAUGACUCCCACAGACAUCACUAUUGGAAAAAUACCCGGAACUGCAUAA